GGGAAAACCUGUCGGAUGCUUCCCGAAAGCUUAGACCUUCGUACCACGAGCCUGCUGUAAUCUUAUCGACCCUCUUAUCAGCACGCAGAGCGUGUAGCAAAUAUUUUAUCGCACCGUAUCGUGGCGAGCGCGGACGAACUUUGGCAGCUUCGACGAUCUCGCUUUUUAACCCGCCAAACCCGACCGUGAGUUGACGUGCGGGAUCCGCCCAAUGCAGACGCCGUUACGGCAAAUCUCAAACUAGGUGACCACUGGACAGCGUGCUGGAGUUUUUUCGCCACCUUGCACCUUAGGCCGGAAAGGGAAAGAAAGCGCCAAAAAUGGAACCCACGAAGUCCGAACUGCCGUCCUAUGAACAGAUCGAUCACGGUGUGCCGGGUGCCUAUCCUCAUCAUGCGCCACCAAUGGUGGUCGACACAGAUCCGAUCAAGUCACAGGAACCGCCCUUGUUGCAGACUACAGUGAUCGUGACGAGCCCACAAGUUGGUCCGGAUCCGACCACUAUCAUCUGUCCUUCGUGCCGGGCAACGGUUGUUACGCGGAUGGAGUACGAGACCACCACGAAGACGCAUCUGUGUGCGGGGCUGCUGUGCCUGUUCCUGUGCUGGCCGUGCGCCUUCAUACCGUACUGCUCGACGGCGUGCCGAGAUGCGAACCAUUACUGCCCGAACUGUGGCUCUUUCAUCGGGUCCUACCGGAAGUAGCCGCCUGUGACUGAAUGUGUGUGUACCCAUAAGUGUGAAUGUCCGACCACCGUAGCUCCACGACCCCAAGCCUCCCGAGUUUCCAGGUUUCAGUGAAGUUAGACCAAGUAGACCAAAACGACGAGCGUAGUUGAAGCAAAAAGGAAUCAACUCGAGCUCGUUAUCCGGGCCGUGUUUGUCUGAUUAGAUAGUGUACCAUUUUAUCGGAGCGAAAGGGCCGUUAUCGAGGUUACAGUUGAUUGAUUUGAUCGAUCAGGAAUCGCGGUUCGAACGAGGGUUCGAUUUCGUCUACCGGCAAUGCUAAACUGUUCCGUGAAUGUAACGAUGAGAGUUUAAUAAAGGCAAGCAUUUGAGC